GGCACUUGAAAAGACACUCGUGCGUGUGUGUGAGAGUGUGUAGUAGUGUGUGUGUAUAUAUGUGUGUGUGUGUGUGCGUGUGUGUCAUUGCUGAGUGACCCAGGAUGUCUCACUGCAGACUGCUCGCGCGGCUCCUGUUGCAGCAGCAGCAGGUUGGAGUCCGGCGCUGUUACACGGCCACACGGAAAAGUCUCUACAUCAACAAGGACACUAAAGUCAUCUGUCAGGGCUUCACAGGGAAACAGGGAACCUUCCACAGUCAGCAGGCUCUGGAUUAUGGCUCCAAGUUAGUCGGAGGUGUGUCUCCUGGAAAAGGCGGGAAAACUCACCUGGGGUUGCCGGUGUUCAACUCAGUGAAGGAGGCGAAGGCGGGAACAGGAGCCGAUGCCACGGUGAUCUAUGUUCCUCCUCCAUUUGCGGCGGCCGCCAUCAUCGAGGCCAUCGACGCUGAGAUCCCGCUGGCAGUGUGUAUCACGGAGGGAAUCCCACAGCAGGACAUGGUGCGGGUCAAACACAAGCUCCUGCGCCAGAACAUCACCCGCCUCAUCGGCCCCAACUGCCCCGGGGUCAUUAAUCCUGGAGAGUGUAAGAUCGGGAUCAUGCCCGGACACAUUCACAAGAAAGGAAGAAUCGGCAUCGUGUCGAGGUCCGGUACUCUGACGUACGAAGCGGUGCACCAGACGACGCAGGUGGGACUCGGCCAGUCUCUGUGUGUCGGAAUCGGUGGAGAUCCGUUUAACGGCACCGACUUCAUCGACUGUCUGGAGGUGUUUCUGCAGGACCCCAAAACUGAGGGGAUCAUCCUGAUCGGAGAGAUCGGAGGAAACGCUGAGGAGAACGCUGCCGAGUUCCUGAAACAACACAACACUGGUGCCAACGCUAAACCAGUGGUGUCAUUCAUCGCCGGUCUCACGGCACCACCCGGCAGGAGGAUGGGUCACGCUGGUGCCAUCAUCGCAGGAGGAAAGGGCGGGGCUAAAGAGAAGAUUGCCGCCCUGCAGUCGGCCGGCGUGGUGGUCAGCAUGUCCCCCGCCCAGCUGGGAAGCACCAUCUUCAAGGAAUUCGAGAAGAGGAGGAUGCUGUAACGUGAACAAGAAGCCGGAUGAGCCACGUCGAAGCCGCACCAGUCUUUUAUUAUAUUUUUUUCCAGCCAUGAUAUUCCGAAUUCUGGAAAAAAAAAUGUCCAGAAUGUUCCUAAUCACACAGCGAGCCGUGACAGUCAUAAUAAGUCCCUGUGUGAAGUUAAAUCCGUUGAUGUACAGGUGAGCACAGGGGGAGAGGGGCGGGGCGUGUACGGUGUGUAUCACCUCCAUCUUCACCUCCACCUCGUCUCUCAUCACACCAUUCUGCACAGUCUGAAAUAUAAUAUAACUCUCUUUCCUCCUCCUG